GUCCCACUUACCGCUAGUCCCGGGUCAGACGGUGAACGGUGAGGUUCUUAUCUCGAGUGACGAGGAAAAACAACUGCGAUGAAAACGAGAGACUUGAAAGGUGGGUGAGGAAAGUGUCGUUACUGUGAAACUUGUGCGGUUUGGAAGAAGUGAAGACGUGUCUUGGCUUUCUGUCUAACAUGGAUCAACCUCUUUUUUGGACGACCGUCUUCCUCUCGGCCGCUCUCACUGGUGGAUGGAGUCAAAUGUUUGACAAUGCCCCUCCUGUCCUGACCGUUGACAGAAAAUGGGUAAUACCCGACACCGAACCAGUAGGUACGGUGGUAACAAAGGCCAAAGCAUCGGAUUCAGAUGGUGAACCAUUAGAAUACGGCAUUGAAUCCCACAUAAGCUUCAAUGUCAACUUCUCAACACCAAAAACAAUCCCGUUUCGCAUAGACAGCAGAACCGGUGUGGUUUACACCAAUGAAAGCCUAGCAGGAAGGGGAGGAGAGGAUCUUUAUUUAUACGUGACUGUAAAUGAUGGAAAACUCACGACAAAAGUGGCUAUUUGGGUUUCAAUAGUAGACAGCAAGAAUCCAGGCUCUGGAGGUUCAGAAGACCUACCGCAUGGACAAGUGCCACUGCAGUUGAGACCUGGAGGGUUGCCUCCAAGACUGCCGCCUCCACGGACUGUACUUCGGCCUCAUGUACCCCAGACUCCACAUCCGCCACCAAUUGAUGCCAUAAAAAUUACAGACCCUCCUUCCUCCUUUGAACCAUAUACAACUGAGACAUCUAAAUCGGUCAAGCCCGUAACUCAACCUACUCCGUCUUCGUCAACAACUUUACCCCCUGUGGUUCCUUCUCGUCCAAAUAUGACCGACAUAGCCAUUACCGUUGUGCCUGUCGCCAUGGUGUCCAUCGCAUCUGCCUUGCUGGUAAUCGCUGCUUUCCUCUUUAGGAAACGCAUGUGCUCCUCAAAGAAGAAAAAGACUAAAGAAGACAUGAAAAAGAAGUCUUCAACAAAUACUACUACUGGGGAAGACCCGAUUGUGAUGCAGCAGUGGCGUGGGCCUAGAGCUUUCAGCAACAGGUAUACUGCAUGGGAUACAGACUUAUCUUCUCCCAUUCCACAACAGGAUGCUCCUUCAACACCUCCUAUAAAGGUUCCUGAUAGAUGGGAGUAUCCUCGACACCAUUUGAAAGUAUUCAGCAUUCUCGGUGAAGGAUGUUUCGGUCAGGUCUGGAAGUGCGAAGCAAGAGACAUCAAUGGUGUGGAUGAAGGCCCGAAAAUUGUCGCAGUCAAAACGUUAAAAGAGAAUGCGGGCGAGAGAGAAAGAAGCGAUCUUCUUUCCGAACUGAUGGUGAUGAAAAUGCUUGAACCACAUCCGAAUGUCGUCCGGCUACUCGGAUGUUGUACUGAUAAAGAUCCGAUAUUUGUCAUUAUGGAAUAUGUGGCUAAUGGUAAACUCCAGACAUACCUCAGAAACUCCAGGGCAACUCGCAGCUAUGAUAACAUACACGGCAAGAGCAACUCACUGACAUCUCGCCACCUAACAUCUUUUUGUUAUCAAAUAGCUCGUGGCAUGGAAUAUCUAACUAGCCGAGGGAUAAUUCAUAGAGAUUUGGCAGCAAGAAAUAUCCUAGUCAGUGCCGAUCAUACAUGUAAAGUUGCAGAUUUUGGCUUCGCUCGGGAUGUAGUAGCGAGUCAUGUGUACGAAAGAAAAUCAGAGGGACGGCUCCCUAUAAGAUGGAUGGCUCCUGAAUCACUAUAUGACAAUGUCUUCUCUGUUAAAUCUGACGCUUGGUCAUUUGGUGUUCUCAUUUGGGAAAUAGUAACUCUCGGAUCGACACCGUAUCCUGGUCUUUCUGCACUGGGUGUCAUGAAACGUGUCAAAGAGGGUUAUAGGCUUGAAAAGCCCGAACACUGCCGACGUGAACUUUACAACAUAAUGUACUACUGCUGGGACAAAGAUCCAGAAGCAAGGCCUGACUUCAAAGAACUCGUCGACCUCCUCGACCAGCUUCUUCUGUCCGAAACCGACUACAUCGAACUCCAACGUUUCCCAGACCACUCAUACUACAACAUAGCGUCCCUUUCAGGGGAAAAGGUGUAAAUAAUUUCUUCCCGGUGUAAAUACAUAAAUGUAAAAUAUGUGUGAAUAUCAAAAGAAAAGAAAAAAAGGGAAAACGCCUGUUUCUGUUUUUGUUUAAUGUUUUACCUGUGAUUUAUGUUAUCUAGUAACAUAUUCUGUACCUUUUUUCUUUGUUAAAUAACACAAAUAUAUCAUAACAAGUUAAACCUCUCUAAUGAAUUAUAAAAAAAAUAUUUGAUUUAGUAUGAGCAUGUUAAUUUUUCUUUGU